UCGAUAAUAAUGACAUAACCUUAAUUAAUAUAGAAAAUUAACAAUGGCACAAGUAUCCAAAAUUUCAAGAUUGUUAAACAAAAGGAUUGUUAAAUUCGGAUUACCGUUUUUCGUUUUAAUGAUUGGAGGUUCGUUCGGUUUAAGAGAAUUUACUAAUCUUCGAUACCAAUUUUCUAGGGUAUCAUUAGUAAAAAGGGAAGAAUUGGAAAAAUUAGGUAUAGAAAUGAAAAAACCGGGCGAGGUGACUUUGGAAAGUGAAUACGAGAAAAUUAAAAAUCUCGAUAUCGAUAAUUGGGAACAAGUUAGAGGACCAAGACCGUGGGAAGAACCGAUUGUAAAAUAAUUAGUAUUAUUUGUUAAUAAAAUAAAUGAUCCUGUGAUAAUUGUAAAUAUAAAAUUCGUAGUUUUAACUAAGUUUGUUCGAUUCAUUAAACUUGAUUGUUAUGUAAUCUAUAUAUUGGAACGAUUCGAGAAAUUCCUUUUUGGUAUAAAUACGUGGUGGAGUUUAUAAUUAAAAUUCAUAAUGAACGGAUCGAAAUGGAAAAAUAUUUUAAUAAGGAAGGCUCUGAAAGGGGAAAUUAGUCUAUCGGAAUAGAAAGAAACUUUUGGAUGGCUUGAAGAUUUAUAAAAUAAUUUUUUUAUCAAUCGAAUUGGACAAAAUGGGUCAAAAAGAAAGUAUUAACGUGAUUUCUCAUCUAAUUUAUUAUUCCCAACUUAAAUUGAUGAUUUAUACAUAAAGUUCCACAAAAAUUAAAUUCUGUUCGAAUACAACUAACGUAAUGAAUAAAUAUACGUAG